AUGAAGAAAGAUAAUAUGACUGAUGUUCCAAUUCAAAUACUUGCUGGAAGCGCUGCUGCCGUAUUUGAAACCACACUUACUUAUCCAUUUGAGUUUCUGAAAACUGGAUUCCAACUACAUCGUAGGACCGUUGGAGCUAAACCUUUUGAAGCAUUACGCCCCAUAAAAGUAUAUUUUGCUGGUUGCACUGCCUUGAAUUUAAGUGCAAUCGUCAAGACAAGUGUGAGGUUUGCAACUUUUGAUAAGGCGUGUCAAAUCUUGAGAGAUCCAAACUUACCAAAGGAUUCUUUACUAAAGGGACCGAGAUUACUGCUGGCCGGUAUUUUAACAGGUGCUGUGGAAAGUUUAUGUAUAAUACCGUUUGAGAAUGUCAAAGUGACCAUGAUUGAGAAUUCACUGCAGUUAUCAGAAUCAAAGCCCACUGAAAAGGAAAUAGCUGGCACCUUGAAGAAGAAAGUAACUUUUCAUGUGGCUAAACCAAAGCAAUUGUCACCUCAAGAACAAUGGCGCCAGGUUUACUCUAAAUAUCCUUCAUCUAAUAUAUUCAGCGUCGUUAAAGAGAUAUACUUGACUAGAGGUUUGAGAGGGUUUGCACAAGGUGCUAUGCCUACGGUAUUUAGGCAAGUCAGUAAUUCGACAGUACGUUUUACUGCAUACACAACACUGAAACAGUUGAUCUCUCCAACACAACCUUUAAAUGAGGUAUAUGCAUUUGGAAUUGGUUUAUUUUCCUCUUGUGCGGUUGUAGCUUUAACUCAACCAAUUGAUGUUGUUAAAACAAGGAUGCAAAGUAAAACAGCUCAUUAUUUUUACAAAAAUAGUUUAAAUUGUGCUUAUAGAGUAUUUGUGGAAGAGGGGAUGGUUAGUUUAUGGAAAGGUUGGUUACCAAGAUUGUUUAAGGUUGGAUUAUCAGGAGGAAUAUCAUUUGGAGUAUAUCAAUAUGUGGAAAACUUAUCACAUACACUUAAAAAGGAAAAUAUUUUGAUUGAUAAUCAAUGCACGAGUUUCCCGAAGCUAAAUUGUAUAUAUAUCUUAAGUCAACAAAAUUUAUUUAUUGUGAUUUGA